AUGGACAACUUUGUUCCCCGGGCAGCUGCGCAACAGACUUACACGGCGUAUCCUGGGGUCAACCCAUGUGUCGUCGGAUUUCAAAACAUGUUUCCGGCUCCCCAACUAAACUCCAAUUCGCUCUUCACAAGACCAUACCUAUUACCGCUUCCACAAGACUAUGGCGUUCUACAAUGUGGUGGCAGACAGACGUACCAACCACGCUCCAUCUAUCCAAGCCAGCCGCAGUUGUUGGUUCCCCGACAAGUUCAACCACGUGGGUUGUUGGCGCGGCCAUGUGCCACAGCAACUGGAGCCAUACAAGCAGGUGGAUAUCUGAAUUCCAGACCAGUGUUUGACCACCAAACAAUUCUGCAGUCUUCGAAUAACGUUGUAGUUAGGCCAAAUGCAUCAAAUAUACUUGGUUCUCGUGUACAAACUCAAAAUGCGCCGUCACUUGUGCAUUCAAGCUAUAUCCCAAGUUUACCUGGCACAAGCAUCAGUGUAUAUAACCACUUUCUUCAUUCAUCUGCGACAGGCGAUAACUGCAAUGUACCGUGCCGACCAGUCAUAUACGAAACAAUACCAGAUGAACCAACCCCUGCGAGUGAACAUUGCGAAAAUGAUCGCGUUUCCGAGAAUGUUGAUGAUUCUAUUACAAUCCAGAGUAGUGCUGAGAACCCUGGGGAAUAUAAUGGUGAUAUUGCAGUCGGAUUUGCAAGUGUUGACGUCAUUUCUGAACGUGAGCAAGCCUAUUCUGAUGACGUAGAUGGCAAAACACCCCCAGUUACCAAGGGAACGCCACCAGGGAUGGAGGAAUGCAAUUGCAUUCAUACGCCUCCACCGAUCGUACGCACCCUCCGCCCGCCAUCUCAAAAUUUUUCGGCUAAACGAAAAACUCAUUUGGACUCGAAAACUGCUAUACUGAGUAGCCUGCGCCCAAUUCGGCCAAAGUCAUCGGUUCAGGGUAUUCCACUUGCUAUAUCGCCCUCUAACGUCACGAACCUGCCACCAUCUCAUACUGCAAGUCGUCGUGGACCGACUGCCGAUUUCAUACCAUUAAGGUGUAAUGACGUCAUACAGAGCAACAAUCCUGUGAACAUACCACCAACUUUUCAGCAAAUACAGCAGAAUAACUCGUUUUGUAAUCAGUUUCAAAACAUUUUGCCUGUCAACUCAUUGCAAAUCACCAACAGCAUGAUGACGACUCCCUCCGCCCCGGUUACCACGACGACGUCUUCCAACAUAUCACUGAAUCCGACCUAUAUUAGUCAGUCGCAGUCCUUCCUUCCACCAAUCGCACCAAUGCCACCGACGACUUUGUCAGCUCCUAAUGUUGUCAUGGCAACCUCCAUCACCGAAUCAGGUGCCCCAGUCCAGUGCAUCCCUGUACAAAUCCAACGUCCUAUAUCGUCACAGACACUACUGAACGCCCGACCUCCAAAUACGACGAUACGCCCACAACAGCGUCUACGCUGCCGCGUUAGCCGACGUCGGAAGAAAACGCCCUUGAGGUUACUGCUUAAGGAAACACACAGAAUGCCUUCUAAUAAGGGGAGUUCGCCGGAGACUGACAGCAAAGAAUUCGUUCGCCGAAAAGCCAAUGCACGGGAAAGGAUACGGGUCAAUAAAUUAAACAGUGCAUUUGAUUUGCUUCGUAGUGUCUUGCCAAAGGACCUCCUCAUGAAGACCGAACAUACCGGUAAGAGAGUUUUUAAAAUGAGCAAAGUGGAAACGUUACGAUGUGCUAUAUCUUAUAUGCAUAAACUUGAAAUGAUUCUGCGCAAACCGACUACGUCAGCAACGGGUCACGUGGUACCUCAGCUACAGUCGCGCCAAGAAGGAAUGAAGUACUUCAGUGUUGAGGAAAUGCCGCCACCAAUGAUGAUAUCCUACACUGGAGCGCCCUCUGUAGUCCAAGUAUUGCCGUCGAGAAAUGUAAGCAUUCUUCCAGCCCCGACACCAAUCGAUAACAACAACAACAACAACUCAAACAUUCCGGUUAACAACGACAGCUCCGCAAGCUGAACAUAACUCGAAGUUGCAGAAACAUUACAUAAUAUUCGUUAUGUAUAUCAUACGG